AGAUGGCCGCGGUCCCUGGGCAAGGGGACAGAGGGAGAACCAAAGCAGUCCCCGCCACCUGUGAGGAAGAAAUAGAAUCAGUCCCUCCCUGAAUGAAGUUCCAGAAACGGCAUCCUCCAUCUCCCGACUGACCUCCUUCCCGGGACGCCGGGGACUCCUGCCAUCGUCUGCCUUCAGGAGACGUGCCGUGGCCAUCCAAGGAGCUCCUGGGCUCCCACGGCCCGGAGCUCCACCUGUGCCGCUGUCUCCCUCUCCCGACAGGAAGUUCAGUUGCCCUGGCACUCCAUCUCCAUGGCAACCCUUGCUUUGGAGACACUGAACGGAAACUGCUGGUGUGGGGAGGCCAGCGGCAGAAUACUGAUUUGCCCGGUGUCUGUGACCACAACUGCAUCUCAAUACUUUUCCAGAUACCCAAGGAGCUAAAAAUACAUCGGGUUCGGUCUAGGGCCCUCCAGCCAGGCCAAGCACGUCAAAACGCAUCUGCGCGGACUCUGGCCGGCUGCUGUUAGCUCUCUUAAGCAAUCUGGGCUCAAGGGCCACGGGAACGGGGCACUGAAUGCAAAACCGCAGAGUGCAGGUCAGGAGGGGCCUGCAGGAGAGAAGGGAGAGACGUGAGGGGGGUCUCCUGAGAGGAAGCCGAGGGGUUCGGGGCGGGGGGCAGCCGGCGGGGAGCACGCGUUCCCUGCCGUGCACCAGUGAACCUGCCGGUCAACUCGCCACCCGGGAUUUGUCUACUUGCUCGUUUGACAAACACGUAUUAAGCCUCUACUGUGUUCCAGAUUUUGUGCCGGGCACUGGGAUCACAGGUGUGAGCAAGAGAGUGCACAUGUUCCCCCCUCUCACCAGAGUUCACAGGAUGUUGGAAACGGGAUUAUAUCUGAAAAUGCAAACGUACCACGCGUAUUCCUGGAUGUCUUCUCUGCUGUGCAGUGAGCUUCCCUGUUCCAAGCUUAUCCUACUCGUAACCUUGCAGUGUCUGCGGCACAAAGAAGCUGCGCAGUUGGAGCAAACACCGGGAGCCGGGGCCACACAGCCGGGCCCCCCAACCCUGGCCUCAUCCCUGAGGCAACGAGCCCCCAGCCAGAGAGGCGGGGCCACGCUGCAGGUGCUGUGCAGACACUGGAGUAGCCACGAAGGAGGUGCUGCCUGCCGGGCUGCUGGCUGCUGCCCUGACCCUGCCUGCCUUCCCGAGCCUCGGGCCCAGAUCCCGUGGCCGGCUGGUUCACUUGGGGGGGAAGGGGCUGCACUCCUGGAAGCGCCCCACAUCCUGCGGCCCGUCGGGCUGGGUGAGAAUGAGGACUGCUCCACACGACCCGCUUCUCCCUUUUGGCAAAGCAGCUGCAGAUCUGCCCGAUGGGGGCACCCUCUGAGGGAGGCUGGCGCGCUUCUGGUGCCCUCCUGCGCCUGGGGCUCAACAAAGCCUGACCCCCUCCGCCGCCCAGAUGAUGUCCUCCUUCGCCCGAGGCAGCAGCCCGUCUCUAGUGCUCCCCUUCCCCUCGGGCCUGGAGAAAGGAGCCUGUGGCUACCUGGAGACUGGUCUGUACCUGACCACGGCCCCUACUGGUUGGUGUUGCCCUGCAGGGCCUUGGGGUGGAGCAGGCCCUCUGCAGACCUAAAACCCUGUCCGAACCCUUUGGGGGGCACCGGGACGGUCCUCUCUGCCGGGUGCCAGUCUCAUUCAGGGCUUCCCCUGAGAUGCCUCUUACCACCCCUACCCUCUGCCUCAGGCUGUCCUCAGAGGCCCUCUGAAGGCCCCUUCAACGGGUCACCUGGGGGGGGUCAGCGCUUGAGCGUCUGCCUUUGGCUCAGGCCAUGACCUAAGGGGUCCUGGGAUCGAGUCCUGCAUCGGGCUCCCUGCAGGGAGCCUGCUUCUCCCUCUGCCUGGGUCUCUGCCUCUCU